AUGACUGCUGCCUCAAAGAGAAAACCUAUUAUCAUCAAUGCCUUCGACAUGGGCUGUUCGGGCUUACAGGCUCCUGGCUUGUGGAAGCAUCCUAAGGAUAAAUCCAGAAACUACAAUACCAUCGAGUACUGGACCUAUUUAGCCAAAUUGUUGGAGAAGGGUAAGUUCAAUGCCCUCUUCAUUGCUGAUGUCUUGGGAGGCUACGACGUUUACAAUGGUCCACGUAAUAUCAGAGCUGCUGCUAUUGCCGGAGCUCAAUGGCCUGUCAAUGAACCAAGUGCUGUUGUUUCUGCCAUGGCUGCCGUAACCAAGAAAUUGGCUUUUGGCGUCACUUUCAGUACCAUCAGUGAAGCUCCAUACCACUUCACGAGAAGAUUGGCUACCUUGGAUCACUUGACAAAGGGUAGAGUUGGCUGGAAUGUUGUUUCCUCAUACUUGGACAGCGCAGCCAGAAACUUGUUGAACGGAGAAGACUUGCCACCUCACGAUGAAAGAUACGAACGUGCUGAAGAGUACAUCAGGGUUGUUUACGACUUGUUGCUUUCUUCUUGGGCUGAUGAUGCUGUUGAGCUCAAGGAUGGUGUCUUUACCAACCCUGACAAGAUUAGAGAAAUCAACUUCGAAGGGAACUAUUUCAAAGUUCCUGGUCCUAACAUCACAGAGCCAAGUCCCCAGAGAUUGCCAGUUAUCCUACAAGCUGGAACUUCGAAACAGGGUAAAGAGUUUGCUGCAAAGAACGCCGAAGUCGUUUUCAUUACUACUUUCAGCCCUGAAGCCUUAGGAAAGCAGAUCCAGGACAUCAAGAGACUCGCUCUCGAAAACUACGGAAGACCAGAAGGGUCUAUCAAGUUCUUGCAAUUGAUCACUACUGUUAUUGCUGAUACCGAAGAAGAAGCUGCUGAAAAAUACAAGGACUUGAAGAGCUAUGGUGAUAUUCAAGGUGCCCAGGCAUUGUUUAGUGGCUGGACUGGUAUUGACAUUGGUCAAUUUGCCGAAGGUGAAGAGUUGAGAGAUGUUGGUUCCAACGCCGUCAGAGGCUUUGUAGAUCUCUGGACCAAGACGUCUCCUGGUGAACCAGAGGAUGUCAAAAAGACUAGAGAAUACGUAGCUAGACAAAUUACUGUAGGAGGAUUAGGUCCGGUAUUCUUUGGAACAGCCAAGACGGUAGCAGACGAAAUCGAAAGAUGGGUGAAUGUCAGUGGAGUUGACGGGUUCAACAUCACUUACGCUGUUACCCCAGGUUCUUUCGAAGAUGUGGUAGAAUACUUGAUUCCAGAAUUGCAAGAGAGAGGCUUGGUAUGGGAUGACUACCCAGAAACAGAAUCCUUGACUUUCAGAGAACAAUUGUUUGGUUCUGACCGUAAGGAACCAGAAUACUUGCUUGAGUCGCAUCCUGCUCACGACUUGAGAUGGAGAGCUGGCGUUUCCAAAGAAGAGUUCGAGAAGCAGGUAGCCGAAGUAAAGAAGAGAAUUGCCCAAGUAGACAAGGAGAACAAAGCGAAGGCACAGACUGCUCAGAAGUAA